UGUUGUAAAGCACAGAGAGAGAGAGAGAGAGAGAGAGAGAGAGAGAGAGAGAGAUUCUUUUUUUUUUCUUGUAACGGCGUUGUUUGACGAUUGAUAAGUCACAAAGCGAGGAGGAGGGAGGAGGAGGAGGUUACAGUUACAGAGAGAGAGAGAGAGAGAGCAGAGCAGGAGGAUUUGGUGACUUUGGUUGCGUUACGAUUCAGAUCUCUGGAUUGAUCGUUACUUACAUGCAUUAGAGAAGACCCACACUAAGACAAGAAACGUGGAGACGGAAUCCAAGGAGGCUCCUGUCCUUUUCAACCCCUACCACCACCACCACUUCUUACGCCUCUUUCACCUUCUUCUUCUUCUUCUUCUUCCCAUUCAAGACAGAAGAAGAUACUGUACGAUUCAGAAUAUUAUUAGCUUUUUUUUUUGAAUUUCCGGCUGCGGCGGAUACGGCUGGUUUUUAUAGUUGGAGCUGAUGGCGAAUCACGCAGGUGAAUGUUUAUACGAUGAGCUAUGGAAAUUAUGCGCGGGGCCUCUUGUGGAUGUGCCUCAAGCGGGAGAAAGAGUUUAUUAUUUCCCUCAAGGUCACAUGGAACAACUGGAAGCGUCAACGCGACAGGAUUUGAAUACGAGGAAGCCACUUUUCGAUCUUCCCCCUAAGAUUCUCUGCAAUGUUAUGAACGUUCGUCUUCAGGCGGAGAAAGAUACAGAUGAGGUGUAUGCCCAGAUUACUUUGAUCCCUGUAGGAACUGAAGUUGAUGAACCUAUGAGUCCUGAUACCUCUCCUCCCGAAACGCAAAAGCCAAAGGUUCACUCUUUCAGCAAGGUUUUGACAGCCUCUGAUACAAGCACCCAUGGUGGGUUUUCCGUUCUAAGGAAACAUGCGACCGAAUGCCUUCCUCCACUGGAUAUGACCCAGCAAACCCCGACCCAGGAGUUAGUAGCCGAAGAUGUGCACGGUUAUCAGUGGAAAUUCAAGCAUAUUUUCAGAGGCCAACCACGCAGGCAUCUAUUGACGACAGGCUGGAGCACCUUUGUUACAUCAAAGAGAUUGGUCGCGGGGGACACUUUUGUAUUUCUGAGAGGGGAGAACGGAGAGUUGCGGGUUGGAGUCAGACGUGCUAAUCGUCAACAGAGCAGUAUGCCUUCAUCUGUCAUAUCAAGUCAUAGCAUGCAUCUAGGGGUGCUUGCUACUGCAUGCCAUGCUACUCAAGCUAAAACUAUGUUCAUUGUAUACUAUAAACCAAGGACAAGCCAAUUCAUCAUUAGCUUGAACAAAUAUCUAGAAGCUAUGGACAAUAAGUUCUCAGUAGGGAUGAGAUUUAAGAUGCGGUUUGAGGGAGAGGAUUCCCCUGAAAGAAGAUAUUCUGGCACGGUUAUUGGUGUUAAAGACUGCUCCCCUCACUGGAAAGACUCAAAAUGGCGAUGCCUAGAAGUUCAUUGGGAUGAGCCUGCAUCGAUUCCAAGACCGGAUAAGGUUUCACCUUGGGAAAUCGAGCCGUUUGUAACUUCAGAAAGUGUUCCCCAGUCAGUUAUGGUGAAGAACAAAAGACCCCGUCAAUUUAGUGAAGUAUCUGCUCUUGAUGUAGGCAUAACAGCUUCAAACCUCUGGAGUUCUGUAUUGUCGCAAUCCCAUGAGUUUGCACAAUCGUGCAUCACCUCACAGAGGAGUCCUUCUCAGCAAUGUUACCGUGAUUCAACUGAGGAUGCUAAGAAAUCUGACUGGCUAAAUAACUCUUACUCUGUGUCAAAUGUAUCGAAGGAAUCAACACUGAACGACCAAAUGAUUUCCCCAGUCGAGCAGAAGAAACCCGAGACAACCGCUACUUAUAGAUUAUUUGGAAUUGAUCUGAUGAGUCCAAUCGAGGAGAAAACUGCACCUAUGCGACCAAUCAACAUAACCACACCGACUAUGGACAGUAACUCAGACCCAAAAUCCGGGAUUUCAAAAGUACCAGAAGAGAAAAAGCAGGAACCUGCGCAGACAUCACCGAAGGAGGUCCAGAGCAAACAAAACAGUUCUACAAGAAGCCGUACCAAGGUGCAAAUGCAAGGCGUACCCGUGGGCAGGGCUGUGGAUUUAGCUGCACUAAAUGGGUACAAUGAGCUUAUAGAAGACCUUGAGAAGCUGUUUGACAUAAAAGGGGAACUGCAGAGUCGCAAUCAAUGGGAAGUAGUGUUCACAGACGAUGAGGGAGAUAUGAUGCUUGUCGGUGAUGACCCAUGGCCUGAGUUCUGCAAUAUGGUGAAGAGAAUAUUCAUAUGGUCGAAAGAGGAAGUGAAGAAAAUGACACCGGGGAACCAACUCCGGAUGAUGUUAACGGAAGUUGAAACAACGUUCACAACAACUUCCAAAACAGAUAAUCAUUCCAACUGAUUCUUUCGUCUUUGUUCUCACUGUCUGUGUUGUUGCGAGGGAACAACACAACAAAUGGGUUUAAACAGGAAAACCACAUCCCCCUUAUGCUUGAAAAAAUGGCUCGUUUUUUUGGGAGCCUCUUGUGGAGAAAGAGGGUUUAGGAUGAGAGAGAGUUUUCUAAGUUCAAAUGUAGGCUUUUGGAAGUUUUUAUUUAUUUUUAUUUUUCUAAUUAGGAGCUUUGUAUUAAAUUAUUAAUGUGUAAGAGUAAUUAACGAACAAAAAAAAAAAAAAGAAUGAGAAAAAUGAGAUUUGUGAAUAACUGAUGAAGGACUUUUGGGACGUGUGAAUCAAUAGUACCUCAUGCAUGGCUCUCUCGUGUGUAA